ACUCAGUAGACUCUAUAAUCUCGUUGACCUUAUGCACGCCUUCUCUAAAAGGCAUCAAGGCACCCAGAGUAAAGUUGCUCAGUAGGUAUACUAUGUGUACGGUGCAGAUCCGCAGCUUCGAGCUAGCGUCGGAGCUGACGCUGCUGUACCUGCAGCGCGCGCAGCUGGCCACGCGCGCGGGGCCCACGCUGGAGACGGCGCUGCAGCGCGUGCCCAUACUGCACAUGCGCGCCGGCCGGCUGCACAGCGCCAUCGACAGGUAUCGGGAGAUGUUGUCGGCGGUGGAGUCGCCGUCGACGCAGGCGCUUCGGCUGACGCUGGCGCGGCAGCUGGCCGAGGUGCUCAUGCGGGGCGUCACCGGACAGGUGUACAAAGCGCCGGAGAGGCCGGCGGUGGCCGCCAGCGGGACCCUCAGCAGGCGGAGGGAAGACCACGUGUCCGAGGGCCCGUGGAAGCCCAACAAGUACGCCGGCAUCAACCAGUUCGUGCCGCGCAACGAGUACGAGGAGGUGGUACUGGUGCUGCUGGUGGGCGAGGCCAUGGCGGUGCGCGACGCCGUCCUGUCCCAGAGCGGCGAGUUCGAGGCCGCGCGCGCCCACGCUCUCCACAACGCCGUCGCGCUCAGCGACCUGCUCGCCCUCGCCGCCACGCGCUGGGGGCAGCUGUGCCUGGUGCUGGAGUCGCUGGAGCGCGCGAUGAAGUUCUCGUUCGGGCACGCGCACGUGUGGCGGCAGCGCGCGCUGGCCACGCACGCGGCCGCGCACCACCACGCCCACCACCACCACCACCACCAUCUGCAGCAGCACCUCGAGCCAGGCGGGAGCGGGUGGGGGGCGGCAACACGCGCCCGUAGCGUGUACGCGCGCGCCGCGCCGCUGGUGCCCGCCGACGCCGCGCUACGGCUCGUAGCCGCCAACACCUGCUACGGGAUGGGCUGGAUAGAGGAGGGUAUAGAGAGUGCGGAGAGUGCGCUCAGUAUAGAGGAGCAGAAGGAGGGGGAACUGCUGGCGCGCUGCUGCCUGUACGCGGGGAUCGGGCACCAGAUGAAAGCUCAGAAAACGAAUUCCCGCAUCGAGAAGGAUUCGGAGAACGACAUAUGCUUGAAGCUGCUGCUGCGGGCGGUGCAGCUGGACGACAACGAUCACCUCGCGUUUUACUAUUUAGGAUUACAGUACAUGCAUCUGGGCAUGCUCAACGAAGCCAUGGACGCGACGCGGGCGUGCCUGCAGGCGCGCGCGUCCUGCAGCGGCGGCCUGCGCCUCGCCACCGCGCUGUGGUCCUGCGCCUGCGCCGGGCCCCGCGCCCCCCGCGCCCUCGCCGCCGCCGCCCUCGCGCGCCACCACUACCCCGCCGCGCCCUGGCCGCUGUGGACGCUCGCCGCGCUGCAUCUGCGCGCGCAUCGCCCCGAGGAGGCGCUAGCGGCGGGUAAAGAGCUUCUCACGUUGUUGAAUAGCUCGGAAACUGACGUUGAGGGCGAGUAUAAUGGGUACACCGAGUUGGACGCGUUAUCCGACUCCCAGCCGGCUGACGACACGCAUAGCACCAGAGAUGCGGCGAGCAUCCGCGCGGAGAGCGCGGGCGCGUUCCGGGCGGAGCGCGCGCUGUCCGGCUCCUCCUCCGCCUCGCCCCGCGCCCCGCAGCAGCAGCCGCGCGCCCACGCCUGGCUGCUGCUGGCCGACCUCUGCCUCAGGUUAGGGCGAGUGAGCGCGGCGGCGGGCUGCGUCAGUGAAGCCGCUGCGCUUACGCCAUUCAGUCAUUUAGUUUUAUAUACCCGCGGCUUGGUUCACGCGGCGAGCAACGAGUGGGAGGAGGCUCGGCAAUGUUUCCAGAACGCACUCGCGAUACAUCCCACGCAUCUCGACAGUAUGGUGCAGUUAGGCGCGGCGUACUACCAGUCGGGGUGGCUGCGGCUGGCGGAGAAGUGGCUGCGGGAGGCGGCCGCGCUGCGCCCCACCAGCGCCGACACGUGGCGCCGCCUCGCGCUCGUGCUGGCCGCGCUAAGGGAGCCCGCCGCCGCCGCCGACGCCGCCGCCGCCGCCCUCGCGCUGGCGCCCCUCGAGCCCGCGCUGCUGCACCACCUGCCGCACGCGCUGUGACCGCUCCAGGUGCGUGAUGUACCCCGCCCUGUACCCCGCCCUGUACCCCCCACACCGCACCCGCCCCCGCCCCCGGUGCG